AUGGCAGCUCCUGUGCUGGGCCCCGAUGCCGGCUACAUCCGCACCGUCUCGGGCCAGCAGAUUCUGGACGAGCUGGACAGCUCCACCCUGGCGCUGCCUUCCGAGCUGUCGGGCGGCCGAGCCCAGGCGCAGAAAUCGCUCCGCAUCCAGCGGCAGGUCCAGCAGACCCUGGCCAGGAAAAGCAAAGGCAACGGUAGUCUGCAUCGGACCACCAGUGUUCCAGAAUAUGUGUAUAAUCUAGAUGCAGUUGAAACAGACUUUGCUUCAAGACCUUUUUUUAGAACUUCAUAUUACAAUUCUCAUCAGACAGGCUCCCAGGCUUGUUAUGAAAAUGGCUGGGGGCCUAGAAUCCUGCCGUAUGACUCGUACAGGACAAUGGAAGAAACAUUUAAAAGGCAGCCCUUGAAGAGAUUAGAGGUUUCUCCUGAUGGCAGCCCUGACAAGCUAGCUUUCUUCCAAAAUGACGUCCAUUACAACAGGGGGCUGGCUAUGCGGUCCAGCGGAAGCCAGAGAACCUGCAUCAUGCCCCCAAGAUAUGCACGCUCCGAGAUUGUUGGCUCGUCAGGCCGCCAUGCUGCAAGUAGAGGGUACAGUAUGCAAAGGCAGUUCUACAUGGGGCCUACUAAUGAAACUGUGGUUGACAGUGUCCCUACCAGCCCAGGAGCGCCCAUCUAUGCGCGCAUUAGGAACAGUAGAAGCAUGACGAACCUCAUUGAGAAAGGGGGUUACCUGAAUUCUGGUUCUGCCACGGGACAGGUCAGAACUCCCAUUGCUUCUCAAAUUGGACCUCAGUCUCUGAGGUCCAGCUGGCAUCAAACUACCUUCACGUCACAGGGCACAAGGGAGGCCUCUCAGCCGGCUUCGAUCAGCAGCACUACAGCGGAAGCGGGGAGGAAGAAGAUGGCAGUGACAGCCGCUAUGGCAGCCGCAGCGGGAAACGGUUCCAUAGCACAAGAAAAGGUCGUCACCACCGCAUCUCAGCUCGGGAAUCCAACAGGGGAGAUGACUCUGGAGCGUGCGGUAAAUAUAUUACAGACAGAAAACGCCUUGUCCCCUCUCGUCCUCGCAGCAAUUGUUUUUAUACAGCACGAGAGCUUCCAGAGAGCUGAAGCCAGAAGGAGAGUUUAUUCUCUAGGUGGUAUUAACAAGCUUCUGGAACUUCUGAAUGUACAGAAUGUGGAAGUUCAAAGGGCAACAUGCGGUGCUUUGAGGAACCUGGUAUAUGAAGACAAUGACAACAAACUAGAAGUGUCAGAGCAGAGAGGUAUCUCUGUCUUACUGAGGUUAUUACAGCAAACCAGAGAUGUGGAGACUAAAAAACAAAUUACAGGUUUGUUAUGGAACCUGUCCUCCAAUGAUCAACUGAAGAACUUGUUGGUCCGAGAGGCCCUGCAACCAUUGACAGAAACUGUUCUCAUCCCUUAUUCGGGCUGGCCAGACAGAGAUUAUCCAAAAUCAAGCGUUGUACCUGAUCCUGAUAUUUUCUACAAUGCAACAGGUUGCCUGAGAAACAUGAGCUCUUCUGGCCCUGAGGGGAGGAAAAAGAUGAGAGAAUGUAAUGGGCUGAUUGAAUCACUCGUGUACUAUAUCCAAGGAACCACUGCGGACCACCAACCAGAUGAUAAGGCCACAGAGAACUGUGUGUGCACUCUUCAUAAUCUCUCCUACCAAUUAGAGUCUGAGCUCCCUAGCAGUUACACCCAGACUAUCUACAUGCAAAGGAGAAAUGUCCCUUCCAACGACAACCCCAUUGGAUGCUUCGGAACAAGGAGCAGGAAAGCCAAAGAGAGGCAACAGGACCUGCCGCUGCCUGAGGAAAAGAGCGUCCCCAGAGGUGUGGAAACACUCUGGCAUUCCACCCUGAUCAGGAUAUAUCUGUCCUUAAUAGCAAAAAGCACAAGGAACUAUACUCAGGAAGCAUCCCUGGGAGCGCUACAGAACCUCACGGCUGGCAGUGGACCAAUGCCAUUUGGGGUAGCCCAAAUCAUUAUCAAGAAGGCAAAUGGCCUCCCAAUCAUUCGGAACAUGCUGUAUGUGAGCAGCUCAAGCGUUACCAAGACGGCGGUCUCCCUGCUGAGGAACUUGUCUCGUAACACCUCCCUGCAAAAUGAAAUUGCAAGAGAGGUCUUGCCUGAUUUGGUUUCCAUACUUCCGGAUUCUGCCCCGACAUCUGAGGUGGCCAAUGAGACUACAGCAUCUGCUUGCUAUGCUUUAUACAACCUGACUCAGAGCAGCUCCCAGAAUGCUCGGCUUCUCUUGAACUCUGAUGGCAUCUCUAAGGUUAUGAACAUCAGCACAAGUGACAGCAAAGCUGGUAAAGCUGCUUCCAUCCUCAUGUAUUCUUUAUGGUCUCACGCUGACCUCCACAAUGCCUACAAAAAGGCUAACUUUAAGAAGACCGAUUUCAUCAAUAACCGGACAUUAAGAGCCUACAAUUCACUGAAAGACUGAAAAGCGGGCUACAAGGACCUUCGGGACUGAUGAGACUGUAUGGAAAUUGGUGCAGCCAUACCUUCCACAUCGAUUCACCAGCAAGAACUGUGCAGCAUCUUCCAAGGGAGACUGGUUUUAUAUUUACAAUGGAUGACUAGGAGAAAGUGUGCACACACACGCACCCAUUAUCUGCCUUAUGCCACUGCUUCUCGCUCCUUUUGAACUCAAGGCUCAUUUGCAAAUCUUGAGGCAACCAAAGUUGCAACUAAUAAAUAAUUUUAGUAUGAAGUCUGAUCCUAACAACAAUUUUACACAUUAUAUCGACCCAGUCUGGGACAACCAGCCUUUGGACAUCAAUAUCGCUGUUUUGUAUUAUGAGAAACUAAUAACCAAAGAAGAUGGAAGUUGGGAAUUCCUGUUGAACCUUUUUGUGUGUUUUGUUUUUGCUAAACUUUCUACUAAUCAGUGCUUCAUGCAAAACUGCCUCUAGUCUACAGGCAUUUCUGCCAAUCUUUUGAAUAUGAAUAUGCAAGCCGAUUUUCUAUAGACUCAUCUUGAAACAAGAGAUUUUUCCGGCUUGUAAUUUUUUAGCAUAAUGCUCCAGUUGUCAUUGUCUCAUCCAUGUGUGUUUGCCAAACCCUAAUUUUCUAGCAAGGUGGAAUUGAAAGAAUGUACUGAAUGAAUUAUUUUUAAAAUGACCACAAACUUGAGAUUAGCUUUCUGUAUUUAUUUUAGACAUCCUCACCGUGAGUUCACUAGAGCACAAGACUUUUCAGCUUGAAGAUUCAAGCAAGGCAAAAUUGCUACUUUACAUUACGUUUGCCUUAUGAUUAUUUCUUCCCUUUUACUUAGGGUUAACAGCUGACCAGAAAAAUAAAAUA